AUGGGAAACUGUGGAGGAGGAAAUAAAAAUUUGUCUCUCAAUGAUUAUAUGAAAACUUAUCAUCCUCCAGAGAUAAAAAUAGACACUAAGAACUUUGAAUUGAGAAAAUCAUCUAUUGGUGGGUUGAGUGGCAACAUUAUUAAUUCACAGCCAGUUUAGUUGGAAGAACCAGUAAAGGGUGAAAACGAAAAUAAAGUUAGCAGAGUUAGAAUUACUAAGCCUAUGAAAGAAGAGUAAAUGAGAUUAUCAAAUAGGUCGUCGAUCAGAGUCUACUAGAUUAAUCAAGAGUCCAUUUUGAGAAACAAGAGACCAGAAAAUAUUGCGCCCUAGCCCUAAUUCUUCAAUGAUUCUAAUCCGUAUGACAUUAACUUGCUUGAUAGAAAAGAGGCGAUUUUGUUUUAGUAGAGUUGCUAUAAGUAUAACUUUAACGACUUUAACCCUUAUGCUGAGAGACAUAUCAUGAUUACUAAAAACUCCAUCAGAGUUUUUGAAAGUAAGAAAGCAGCAAUCUCCCUCUAUGGAAAGCCCCUGAUUGCAAUCCCAUUCAUAGCAGUAGAGAAAAUUGAAAGAAUCAAGUUUGACUAUAACGAUGACACUCGCAUGGAAAAUGUUGAUCCAAAGACUAUGCUGCUUAACAAGAAUAUGUUUGAAUUCUUAUUAAAAGAUGACUUUUUGCCUAUUUACACUCACUAUAACUAUCAGAAGAUGUUCAAGGAUUCGUCUAUGGCUAUGGAUAUUUCACCUGAUAGAAGAAGGUCCACAAGCAAUAUGAAUAGUAGUCCAAGAAAAUCUACUUUAAGCUCAAAGAUGGAUCUUGGGUCAAGAAUGAGUAUUACUCUAGGAAGACCAAGUCUUGGAGUUGAUUUGCAUAAAAGAACCACUCAAGAACUUAAAGACUCCCCUAGCAAGUAAUCAAAGAUAGUUAUGAGAUAUAUCAAUACCUAUUCAGAUGUUGGGCCACUCCUCUCCCCAAAAUCAGUUACAUAGCAAAGUCUCUCAGAGAUUGCAAAAACAAUUGACAAAAAGGAAAUCUGGAGAAGAAAUGAUAGUAGAAUGAUAUUUUCAGUGGAAGAUUCAUAAACCAUAGAUGAAGUCAUUGAGCAACUCUGCAGAAUACUCAAUAACUAAGGCAGUAAUAAGUAAACAGCCAACUGGGAAAUAAGGUACUUAUUCUCUUUAUAAUAAUUACUAGAGUCUUGGAUGGAUUUGUAUUCAACAAAAACACCAGGGGGAAACGGAGCCUAAUCAGUUUUUAUGACUGAAGUGAGCACCACUAUCGCUGGAACUACAGUUAAGAAAACACCAUCCACACUUAGGUAGACUAUGUAAACUAAGUCAUCUAAGUUAGGCUUACCCUCUCUAAUCAAUAACUACAAUUCAACAGCCUAGUUGUAGAGGAAUUUAGUAUUUCCCAGUAUAAAGAAAAGCGUCAGUCUGCUAAAUCUCAGAGCACAGAGUGUAUAAGGACCUAAGAAAACUAGGCAAAUUGACAUAUAAAAGCUAACAAUGCUUGCUUAGCCUAAGUUUACCCAUGAAGAUAAGCCUAUCAUACCAAAGCCUGGUGAAGAGACCGAGCUAGACAAAGAGAUUAAAAUGACAAAAGAAGAAGCUGCCGAGGAUAUAAAUGAAAUGUAUGCAGUUUAAGGAGCCUUAGGUGUGAAUAAUUACAUACAAAAUAUUGAGAGGUAUCAAUCAGUCAAGGAUAGAAUAAGCUAGUUUUAGCUUCUGCUUCAAUAAAAGAUUAAGGAAUAUAAUGAUAUCAAUUUCCAAAGAAAAGAUCUCUAAACUGCAUUGGAUGAAUUAAGGAAAUAGCUUGGUCUUUUAGAACUUCAAGUUAUCAAUAAUGAAAGCUGUGUAGAAAAAAUAGGAGAAUUAAUAAAGGAAAGUCAAGAUUGCCAAUAAAGAUUAGACAUGGAACUACUUCACAGUGAAUAGCUAAAUCAUAUUAUAGAAAGAGACAAGCUAAUGAUACUUUACAUGAAAUAGCCAAUCGAAUAGAAAAAAGCUGAUAUGCAAUAGAUUUUAAACUCAAUAAUCAGCAUUAAGUCUCUGAAAAAUAAAAUGCAAAAGGAGAUAUCUCACUUUGAAAAGUUUAAGUCAGAGACUCUAGGUACUUCAAGCAAUUAGAAGAAGAUAAAAGACUUCUAAAAGACUGACUUUUUAUUGGACAUUUACUAUAAGACAAUGAUUGAUGAAGUAUACCAGAAGUAGAUAAAAAUGAUUGAAGAUAAGGAGAAAGAGAUUAAGCAAAAGAAGAUUGAGGAGUAAACCUAGAAAUUACUUGAAUAGCAAGAUAAAUUACUGGCUGAAGAAAAAAGGAGAGGUGAAACUGAUAAGAAAAAAAUUAAAUUUUAGGAGGAUUUUUUGCAGUUAUCUGCUAAAUGUAAUGUCAACAAGAUAUCAGAUUUGGUGCUUUAUCGAAAUGAAUAGUCAAAUUAAAAGAAAGAUCUGAAAGAGAUAGCUGAAGAAUUUCAGAAUUAGGCUGAGGAGAAAUAGUAGAGAUUAAAGUCUCUUCAUAAUGAACUUGAAAGAUUAAAGUUUCAAGCAUCAGAAAAAAAGAUGCAGGAAUAUUAAGAGAAAGCUGAGGAGGAUUAAAAAAAGAGAAAACUUCUUUCAGAUUCAGAGAGUCAACCUACUUAUCAUUAUGAUCCAGAAAAGCUCAGAGAGGAAUAUACCUUGAAAAUGAAGAAAAUGAAGGAAGUAGUUGCUACAGCAAUUAUGUCUAUAGCUAGAGUAGCUCAUCAGCUAAAAGAGGAUACUAAAGUAACACCUAAAAAUGCAGAUCAAAAACUAAGUGUCUGUGGACUCAGGCUUGAGCAUAUGGUAGCAACUCUUUACAAGAAGAAGCCUACUUUCAAUAUUGAAAGUGUGAACACAGAUUACAGUUCAGACUUACCUCCUCAUUUCCUAGGAAUUGUUAAUGGAAUCUAUGUUAAUCCCCCGAUUAUUGAAAAUGAUGAAAAUGAAUUGGAGAAAUUGUACAAUAAGCCAACCUAAAUAACUGAAGUUGAUGAGGAAAAUGAGUUCGUUAAUGACGAAUACUCUAAACAUAAGAGGCUAACUAAGGCUCUGGCUUAAUAGGCUAGUAAUAAUGGCCAACCUCUGUUUAUUUAAAUACCAGAUAAGCAAAAUAAACCAAACAAUCAAUAGCAAAGUCAAGAUAAUAGAGCCUAGCUAGCCAAGAGUUUGGGUAAAUUUUUCAGAGAUCAAAUAAAGUAAUAAAAGAACAAGUAAGAGUAGUAGUCUUAACAAGAACAAACCAAUACCAUAAAUAGAGGCGAGAAGUAUGAUAUUAUCAUGAAUGUGCUUAAUAAGGGACAACUUAAGCCUUCUGCAAGCUAGUAAGUAGUCAUGAUAAAUGAGAAGGAUAAGGAAAUCAUGGAGACUAAAUCACAGAUCUAGAAACAACUUUCAAAAAUAGUACAUAGAACUUGGUAUAUCUUCGAUCCAGAAAAGAAAAAUAAAGCCAAAGACACCUUUAAGAAAGGACAGACAAAUAUUGCCAAAUCUUAAAAUCAAAACACUAGUUUAUGA